AUGGAGCAAAAUAAGCGCGCGAGACUGGAGAACGUACGUGUCGAUGGCAUAACCGAUUUUGAAAGAGGACAACGAGAUUUCGCUCCAUCUGCGCCCAGCAAUACCGACAGUACUGCCAUUCGCGCUGACUUUACCAGCGCCGAAAAGGAGUACACGAACGGAGUUCUUGCAGCGAACAGAUGGAGAAGUCACAGAGGAAGCCUCACCGGAGAGAUCGUGCGGAUUCCCGAUGUGGAUUCUGGAUAUCCCAAAAGUGUUUUUCCGACCAAGUGGGAGGAUGGCCAAGCUUUGCCAGCAUCAGUACAAAGUUUUGAUAUCCAAGAUGGUUAUCCGGAUCAGAACGAGUUCAGAAUGAAAUUUGGGGUUAUCAUACCUUCAACAAAUACGACUGUUGAGUAUGACUUUUGGAACAUGGUGAUGCUCAAUCGUGAAGCUUGCAAGGGAAUUGGUUUUCACACCUCCGGCAUUCUCAUUGACAGCCCAAAGUUGGCCACUGAUGAGGAUAUGUUGAACUUUCUGGCCAUGUUUCGUAAGCAGCUCUUCACAACAGUUGACCGGCUCAUGACUGCGGAGCCUCAAUACAUCAUAAUGGGCAUGUCGUUGGAGACCUUCUUUGGUGGUUGGGAAGGAAACAAGGAGCUCAAAGAGGAAUUGUCUGUUCGAACUGGGCUCAACAUUGCAACCGGAGCAGAAGCCUGCAAGGCAUCGCUCAAAAAGUUUGGCGCGAAGCGCAUUACUGUCCUGACACCAUACCAGGAAAUAGGCGAUCGGAACGUCGUGAAGUUUUUCUCUGAGAUUGGCUUUGAAGUCUUGCGCAUUGCCGGCCUGAAAUGUGGAUCUGCUACCGACAUUGCCCAUGUGCCCGAGGCUUGGUGCGAAAAGGUCGUCCGAGAAAACCUUUGUGUUCCUGGCGUCGAUGCCAUUGUCCAAUGUGGUACCAAUCUCUCCUUUGUUCCGCUGGCUGAAAGAUUGGAGCAGGAACUUGGCAUUCCGAUCAUCGCCAUCAAUGUGGCUUGCCUGUGGUUUAGUUUGCGCGAAGUUGGCAUUGACGUGAAACUGAAUGGUUGCACCCGACUUUUCCGCGAGCAUUGA